CUACAAGGACAAAUGACAAGCAUCAGCUGAAUUCAAUUGAAAAACAACUUCCGCAAUUAGGAGCUCAAGUGCAAGAACAAUUGUUGCAACUGCCUCUGCCUUCUGCUUCUCCUCCAGCACAAAUUGUACAUGAGCAAGUGCAACAAAAGUCGCUGAACUCUACCUCUCUUGCAUCACAAGCAUUACGUGAACAAUUGCAGCAAAAGUCACUGGAUUCCACCACUCGUACUUCACAAACGGUACAUGAACAAUUUGAGGAUUCUUCCAAUCAUGAAACAAACGAACAAUCCGAGGAACAAGGUCCUUCUGCCGAAAAAAGAAAAAGAGGAAAAACUUUGAUGCCAAGUGUUCAUGGUAGGAAAGAGCGCAAGCUAAUUGUGGUAAACGAGAACAAUCAACCCAUAGGUCCUACUGAUGAUGUUGUAGCAGAGUUGGGUAGCUUCCUCGGCACAUUGGCAAGGAAUGCGGCCUUUUGUCCUCUUAUUGUGUUUAAUUGGAGGAAACUUCAAACAAAAGAAGAUAUGUGGAAAUAUAUCAAGGGAAAAUAUGACAUUCCUGAUGCUUCAAAAAAGUGGGUUUUUGAAUCAAUUCAAAAUGCUUGGAGAAAGUAUAAGAAUCAAUUAUUUAACGACCAUUAUAAACCCUAUGAGAAUGACGAGCUUCGGAUGGAGAAAAGGCCGGUUGAUGUUCCUGAAUCUCAAUUUAGGGAUCUUCUUAAUUAUUGGAACUCUGAUGCCUACAAGAAACUGUCCCAAACCAAUACCGAGAAUCGUAAAAAGUUGAAAUAUCCACACACUGUUGGCAAAAGAAGUUUUGCUCGAAUAUGCGAGGCUGAAAUGGAAAGAAUACAACCAACACAAGAAAGUGAAGAUGACACUCAAUCAGUUGAUGCAUUUGCAUCAGUCAUGGGACCUGAGCAUCCAGGUCGCCUAAGGUUGUAUGGGCGUGGGGUUACCAAGACUUCCUUAAAAAGAAAAGUGGAAGAUCUGGGACCCUCUACUGAUGAGGUAAUGCAGCAAAAAUUGGAGGAAAUGGAAGAAAGGAUGCGGCAAAGAUUGCAAGAAAAGUUCAAUGCAGAAAAAGAUGCCAUGGAACUACAAGUUGCAGUUAAAAUCAUUUCACAACUUAAGCAUCUGAAUCCAGAUUUACGGGUUGAUCACAGCAUGCUAGGUUUCAAUGCUCGUUCAUCUGGAGAAGCUUCCUCUGCUCAAUAA